AUGAAGGUAUGGAAGUUUGCAGCCAUUGCAUCGAUGCUCCUCAGUUCCGUGUUAUCCAUUUUGGUUUGUAGAGACAUGUUCAGCGGGAGCCGGGAAUUCAGCCCCUCGUCUUCCUCGCCACCUUCCUCCUCUUCCUCCUCUCCCUCCUCGCUGCCGGCGGCUCCACGGAGAUCCCCACGGGCCCUGCAACGCCACGGCUCUCUGCUCUCCCAGUACAGCGGCCUGCUGGAGAGCUACACCGAGGGGGAGAUCCGGCAGCUGAUCUCGGCGCUGGUGGAGCGCUACAGCCAGGCCAUGAACUCGGGGGGCCACGAGCUGCCGCUCUUCCCGCGGGCGGCCGGGGGCCGCCGCAAGCGCGCCCGCGCCCGCCACAAACCCUGCGAGCUGCGGGAGCUGGAGGUGAGCGUCAGCGAGCUGGGCCUGGGCUACGAGUCGGACGAGACGGUGCUUUUCCGCUACUGCAGCGGCACCUGCGAGGCCGCCGUGCGCAGCUACGACCUGUCGCUGAAGAGCAUGAGGAGCCGCCGGCGCAUCAGGAGGGAGAAGGUGCGGGCGCGGCCCUGCUGUCGCCCGCUGGCCUACGACGACGACGUGUCCUUCCUGGACGCCUACAACCGCUACUACACCGUCAACGAGCUCUCGGCCAAGGAGUGCGGCUGCGUCUGA